AUGUCGUUUUUCCGUCGAUUUAGUUCUAGCAAUAAAGAAAAAACGCGUGAUCGUAGUCAAAGUAGAAAUCGUUCUGAAAUUCUUUCCGGUGUACAACAAUGGCCAUAUUAUCGAGAUUUAGCGAUUGAAUCAGGACAUUGUACCAUUCCAUCUGAGCUUGCUUCACUUCGUUAUUCCCGUCUUAAUCGUUCCCUUUAUAAUCUUGUUUAUACACCUAAUGAUGAACUUAAUUAUUUUAUUCUUUAUAUGGAAUCAUGUUCAUUAUCUUCAUAUUUAAAAUUUAUUCUCGAUGUACAUGUAUUUGAAAAAUUAACACGAGAGAGUCAAACAAAAAAUACUGAUCAACAAACAUCAGCAUUAGCUUUAUUUCAUCGAUAUUUAUCAAUAGAUGCAAAUUAUUUAAUUCCAAUUGAUGAUGAAAUUCGACGUACAACUCUUUCUUUAAUUUGUCCAUCAAAUAAUAGUACAACACCUGAUCCACAUUGUUUUCGUACGGCAAGAGAAUAUGCUUGGAGUUUAAUUGAACAAGAUGCUUAUCCUGGAUAUUUAUCAAGUGCUUAUCAUGUAAAUUAUCAACUUAAAAUGUUAACUAGUAAUGAACUACAAUUACAUGAUAUUCUUUAUAAUAAUUCAUCAUUAGCAUAUUUUAUAGAGUUUUCGGAACAAGAAAAAUUUAUUGAUUUAGUUCGUUUUUGGCUUGCAAUUGAACAUUUUUAUCAAAGUACAAUUAAUCGAAUGAUUGAUAGUCAGACAUUAACUGAAAAUGCUUUGAAUAUCUAUGAACAGUAUAUAUCUUUACAAGCAUCUGCACGAUUAGGAUUUGAUGAUGCUAUUCGUGCACGAGUUGAAUGUAGUAUAUGUCAACCUGAAAUAGAUGCAGGUCCAUCGAGUGAUACAUUUGAUCAAACUGCAUGGAUUGUUUAUGUUAUAUUACAGCGUGAAUAUUUUCCACGAUUUUUACAAAGUGUUAUUUUUUAUCGACAUAUUAGUGACCUUAUGUUAAAAUUACGUAAUGAAGAUACAGCAUUAACAUCACGACCGAUAAAAACAAUUGAAUCUGAUACAACAUCAAUUAAUUCUGAUAAUUUAAUACAAACAUCAUCAUCUCCACUACUACCAACAACAACAACAACUACACAAUCGAAUCGACAAAGAAAUCCGAGUGUUUCAUCUUCUUGUCCGAGUAUUAAUCAAGAUGUUGGAAUUAAAUCGAAAGGAAAAUUUUCUAUGGGUUAUAUUGAUCCAUUAGGUCGCUUUAUUCGUGAUCCUGAUGUUGAUACAUAUGAUAGUGCAUUAUCUUCAAAUCGUAAAACAACUUCUAAUCCAAUUCAAUUUAUAGCAAAUUUAGUACGUAAUGAGCAAGAAGAACUUGCACAAGAAGAAGCCGCAGCUCGAUUUGCUGAAUCAUUUAUUAAUGAAAUAACAAAUAUGACGGCAAAUCUUGAUAAUCAAUAA